CAGUGGUUACAGUUAAGUGUGCGAAGAGCAAAAAACAAACUGGUGAAGCAUUGACCGCAAAUGCGCCGCCACCAGCAACACACCGCAUAGCCAAUAGUUGCCAAAACAACAACAAAUUGUGUAAGGCGCUGUGACUGUGAAUACCAACAAAUGAGCAACGCAAGCGAAAUGCGUAGUCAAACAUAAAUUUAUGUCAUACAAUUACGCAAUAAACCAUUUAAAAAAAUCGUGUGUAACCAAUAAAACAGUGUUUCACAGUGUCAAAAGUUGCAUACCCAAAAUUAACAACAACAACAUGUAAAGCCGACUAAGCAUCUCAUCACUCAAACGCUCGGUUCAAGUGUGCGGCGCUUGGUGAGCUCGUCCAACCACAACAUAAGCGAGUGAGCAAGGUUGCCACCUUGGAUGGAUCAUGGUUUGCAUACUGCACGGAUAUUACAAUGUUCAUCCAAAAAUGCGAUUCAGUCUCUCACCACCACCAUCAUCCAAGUCCGCUUCCGUCAUAACAUCGCCCACCAACAUGCAGGCCAAUUACGCACAAAGCAAUUACAAUGAACCACGUGCUUCCGGCGUUGGCGCCCGAAGUGACGAUGAUAUCUCGCCCGCCAAAGCCACGCCAGCAGCAGCAGCAGCAACAGUCGCUGCAGCGCCAGCUAAGCACGAUGUAGACGAUGAGGCGGCAUCCGACUACAAUCAAUGGUUGCAUGCCAUGAAGCUGGUGGCGCGCUUGCCAGGCGGCAUGCCACCGGAAUUUAGAUGCAAGUUGUGGCUAUCGCUGGCAGAUAAAUAUUUGAAAUCGAAGAAUGUAGACUGGGCCAAAGAGGAGGAGAAAUGUUUCUGCGAGAAGUGGCGCGAAGAUGACGAAGAGCUGGGCAUACAAAUUGUCAAGGAUUUGCACCGUACCGGCUCGAAUCUGUGCACCGGUCCGGCUGGUUCGAUCAAUCAGGCCAAAUUGAAGCGUAUACUUUUGGGUUAUGCGCGUUACAAUCCAGAAGUUGGUUACUGUCAGGGUUUCAAUAUGCUUGGCGCGCUGAUAUUGCAAGUAAUGGAGAAGGAGGAAGCCGAAUCCAUGAAGGUGAUGAUCUAUUUGGUUGAAGGCGUGUUACCGCCUGGCUACUUUCAUGGUUCCAUGGGUGGCUUGCAGGCCGAUAUGGCGGUAUUUCGCGAGCUGAUGCAGACGAAAUUACCGCGUCUGGCAAAACAUUUGCAAAAGCUACAGGGUCCCAGUGAAAACGCUUUCGAGCCGCCGUUAACGAAUGUCUUUACUAUGCAAUGGUUUCUAACGAUGUUUUGCACCUGCUUGCCAAUGAGCUGUGUGCUCCGUGUCUGGGAUCUUGUGCUCAUCGAAGGUAGUGACGUGCUGCUACGCACAGCGCUGGUACUAUGGAGCCUGUUAGAAGACCGCGUGCUGAGUACACGCACAGCUGAUGACUUUUAUGGCAAAAUGGGUUCCUUCUCGAGCGAGUUGCUUAAUGGACAUCUGAUUGAUUCGAAUGGUUUGAUUGAGAAGGUGGUGCAGCUUGGUCCGAUACCGGAUAUACAGAAAUUGCGCGACAAGCACCUAUACAACAUAACUCCGCUGCACCACAAACAAGGAUUACAAUUCUAUUACGACGACGAGGAGCCCGGCUCGGAUGAAGAAUCACGUCUGGCUGUCGCCACUGUUUGGGGUAUACCUUGGGGUCGUCGCGGAUCACAAGGACAAACUGCUAACGCUGCCAAGCAAGUAACCGAGAAUAAAGAGCGUCUAGCUUUAGAUAUUUCACUGCUGAAAAAGCAAUACGAUCGUCUGCGCGAACGUCAACGUCAAGCACACAUUAUUUUAACCACCGCCUGCUCCACAGCCCGCCAGAGCGCUAUCGCCACAACUUCCACACAAUCCAACCAGUCCGUCACUAUGAAUCAACUACUUUUGGGUCGCCCUGCCAUCAUCACUAACAAAGGUAGACGUCCUCCACCAGGCGCUAUACCACCCGCGCGUAAGCCAUCUCUGCCCACAGUGCUGCACUCAAGACCACCAGAGCGGCAAUUGCGUCGUGGUGAGACUUUACACUGGCGUGAUGCCGAUAUAAGUAAACGUCGCAGAGACAGUCUAACAUGGAAAGAGAUUAAGGCGGAUCGUGCUACAUUGUUGCGUGACGGUGUGGAAGCGGUACCAAAGUCACAAAAACUUCGUUCGCGUAUCGGUAAAAGCGACUCAUCGUCGUACAGUGAAGAAAGCGAGGAUGACGACGAAGAAGGUGGCUCGAGUACUGAUACAAGUCUUUGCGAUGAGGAUGAUCCCAAUUCGGGCGCUGAUAAAACACAUUCCUCUUCAAUAGAGAAUAGUCCCAAACGGAGAGCGAAAUCAUCUCGUAAAGCCAAAGAACUCUCCACGAAGCUAGAAGCCCUAAAUGAACCCAGUGAUAGUGAGAAAGAACGUAAACGUCCUAAGUCUUGGGCACCUUCUUCAACUGAGAUUCCUUUCAUGCUUAUGACAUCAGAUUCUCCAACAUACAGUGGUGAUGAGCAAAAGACAGCACGUUCACAUCAUUUCGAAGAAUUGAUAAAGGAGGAGGAAGAUAGCUCGACGGAAUGCGAUCGCCUCGGUUAUAAAGGUGCAACUGCGUCAGUGGAUUGGUCUGACACUAAGUUCUCAUCUAUCGCUGGCGAUUUGGCUACUACGAAGCUGGGUGCAUUACAUAUUCAAACAGAUGUCUUAGAGCUUCCUGUGAUAACAAGCACAAGUCAGCUUUCUCCGAUGCCAGAUAUAGCUGCCUAUCUCAACGGUUCCAAUAUUAGUCCGUUGCCAACACCGAAACCACUCUUCCUCGACUCAACCAAUUCUCUAGGUAGUGGUGAUGAUGGCGAAGAGGGUAAAAGAUUUGCUGUUAGCGAUGAUGGUGUGACAAAUCAGUAUUUCGAACGUGUCAAUAGUGUAGAAAGACCCACAAAGUUAGACUUGUUUUAUUCGCUCAACGAAGAAGAUGGCAUACGUCGAGAUGUUGAAGAAGUUACUGACCUAGUAGAGGUUGAGAAAAGUGAUAGAACGGUAGAUACAAAUACAAAAGUUGUCUGUGAAAAGAGUGGUGCAGAAGAUGGUAUCAAAGAACUAGAAGCCACGGAUGAGGACUCGCACAGACGCAUGGAGCUAUUAAUGGAUUACUCUGAAAAAUCGUCAGCAGCUUUUAUAGCUGAGGCGACUACUGAGUUAUCCACAAGUUUAAGACAAGACACAAAUAAGGAUUCUCACAAAACAGCUGAUUUUCGUAACACAAUUCACGGGAAAGCAGAGAGUGAGGAAAUAUCUAGAGACACAAUUAGAGAUGACAAUAUACCUGGCGAAGCAGCUGCACAAUUUGAAGAACAUUCUACAAAAGUUGGCGAACGCAAGGUAUAUGAAGACAAGGUGAAAGCAGUAGGUCCUAAGAAAUCAAAUACACUGAGCAGCGCUUAUAGAAAACGACGUGAUCCCAGACGUAUGACGUUAACACGCUCUGCAACUAUCGAAAUUGAAGAGCGCUUUCAGGCACUGGAACGCAGAAUGAGUGAAGAUAGUUUCCGAACAGACAAAAUGAAGACUAACGGUGAGAAUAUGUUUGUUGAAGAUAGCGCAAGAAAAAUUCCAACAUCAGCUGAGUUGGACAAAAGGUUGAGCACACUGGAGAAUGAAAUAAAUAUGGACGCGAAAGUUAAGAAAAGGUUUGCAGAAAGUAGCGAAAUUAGAGAUUUGUCUAAACACAAAUCCACAGAACUAACGAACAGCCCUUUUACAGAAUCAAAACACGUAGAAGAUUCAAGCAAAAACUUGAAUGAAAAUUCCAAAAUAGCAGACUUAGAAGUUAAACCCCUCGAUACCGACAUUAGUAAUCGUAUACCUGUUAUUGUAAACUCACAGAAAACACCUGAAGAUACAUUGCCCAAACGAGCCAGCAAUCACAUACCUUCAACCACAGAACUGGAAGAUCGCUAUAAUGCUUUGGAGAGACAGUUAAGCUCGAAUGGUUUGCCAAGCAAAAGUUCAAUGGAUUUGCGACGAGAUGAUAAAGCAAAUGGCAGUAAGGAUAUACCAACUCCACCCAAUACGCCAACUGAAAGUAGGAAGCAACAUUCAGAGAAAGGUGAGAGUCAAAAGAAACUGAAAAAUGAAAUUGAGACAGAUGCAAACUUGGACAAAGAACAAGAAACUGGGGAAACCGAAAAACCACCGUUAAGGAAAUUGCCGUCUACUGCCGAACUGGAAGACCGAUUUAAUGCGCUUGAACGAAGAAUGAGUACACAAAAGUCAAGUCCCCGCAAAACAAAAAAGGAGCCACCUGACGAAGCCGACGUUGAAGAAAGACAUGGCGCAAAAAAGAAACCAAAAGAUGAAGAUAGCGAAGUUGAAAGUGCAAUUAAAGAAAAAACAAAAAAUCCUAGUGAUGAAGAUAUAAGAACAGAAGAAGUUAAAGAGAACGUGCUCUCAGCCGAACAAGUUGAAUUAGAGACGAAGAGAGGUACCACAACUGAAGAAGAAGAUGCAAAAUUAAAUGCGCAGAGUGAAGAAGAGAGUAGACUUGAGAAAAAAAAUGUAAAACGUACGAUAGAUAAUGAGGCAAAGUGCUCAAGGAAACAUUCCGAAGACAAAGAUAAAGAAGGUAGCGAUUUAGAACGUUCGGGCCACAAUGACAAUUGUCAAGUAGACACUAGAACUACUACUAAAGCUACAAAAAUCGAUGCAAAAAAGGCAACAGACACUAAUAAAUUAGAAAAGCAAUCAAACGGACGUGAGGGUGAACAUAGUAAGGCGGUAGAAGAAAGCAAAAGCGAAGCAAAAAAUGCGGGGAAAAAGUCGCCACCCAGUACGGAGGAGCUUGAGAAGCGCUUUAAAGCUUUGGAAAAACAAAUGAGUAGCGCCAGCUUGCUGAGUAGCAAAGAAAAGAAAAGCUCAACAGAAAGUACAAAGACACAGGAAAAUAGGAACAAAGAUAGUUCACACAAAUCUGCGGACACUGUCCAAGAAAAGAAAAGCUCAACGUCAACUGAAACAUGUCAGACAAAGUCUGAGGUAAAAGAAAGUCCACCAAAAACAGAAAAGAUUGUGGAAAAGCCUAACACAGAAUUAUCAACAAAAUCUGAAAAAGCAAAGUCGAAGAAUAUCGAGAAGAAGAAAACUGCAACACAGUCCAAAGAACCAAAGGCACAAAUUCAAUUAGGACAAAACAAAGAUAUAUCAAAUUCCGAACCAACAAGAGAUGUUAACGCAAUAAAAAGCUUUGAGGAAAAGUGUAAGCAAGUCAACAGGGAGUUAACUAAGCAGGAUGGGGCAGACCUCGAAGACACACAAAACAAAGUAAAGACACCAGAUCCUAAGCUAAUUGAGGCCUUUAAUGAAAAGUGUAAGGAGGUCAACGAAGCACUAACGAAAACUGCUGAAACGAUAGAAGUCCAGGUAGAAAGUGGAGAAAGUAGCAAGACUCUUAAUGUGAAAAGUAAACGUCGCGCCUCUGAACCGCCAUCUACAGAAGACUUAGAAAAACGUUACGAAUCCUUAAAAAGGCGAAUGAGCACCAAAUCGAUAGCUGAAAAAGAGCACAACGUAAAAGUAAAAUCUGAAACAGUUGUAGAGGAAGAGUCACACGAAUCACCAGAAGUCAGGGUUAUCACCAAGGAGGCGAAGAGGAAGUCUUCGGAACCGCCAAGCACUGAAGAUUUGGAAAGUCGAUACGAGGCACUACAACGGCGAACAAGUGAGCAAAACGCACAAAGAGUCGAAAAGGAACAAGAAACAGAGAAACGAGAAGAGAAAGCAACAUAUGAAAAGACAACGAAAUCUACGAAUAAAGAGAAACUGACCAAUGCACAAGAUGAUGAACAAAAAACCGCAGUAGUUGACACAAAGGUGUCCUCUAACAUACCCAUUGCGCCACCUAUGCCAUUAAAAGAUUCAACAGAAACACCAUUCAAUGACGAACAACACCGCGCGCUCAUAGAGGAGUUCCAGAGUAAAAUUAAGGUACAGCCCAAUGGUGACAAUCUAAAACCGAGCGACAUUAAUCCAAAUCGCCGAAUAAUACCAGAACGACAACGAGCAUCGCCGUUCGAUGGAACCUCGGAAGCACAUGCAAACACCGCUUUCUUUAGAUCGGAGAAUUACGAACCCUGGUACCAUCAAUCAUACAAAAUGGUUCGUCGUUUCUCCGAUUUACCAUCAAGAGCUGAUCUUGAGAAUCGUUUACAAUUUUUGGAAAGACAAUUGAUCAUGAAAUUCUACAAGCAGCGCUGUGCAAGUGAUUCCGAAGUGGCAUCGAGGAAACAAUUCGCCGAUUUGAAGAGCCAGUCCGCAGACGACGAAGUACCCACCACAUCCACACGUGCUCAACAGCAAACAGCCGAUGAUUUGGAGAGGCGUGUUUUAGCACUGGAAAAGCAGUAUAGUGAAAAUAGCCUCAAAUUGCUAGAAGCCGUACGAAUUAAGGAACAGCAAGCAGCUGUUGAGACAGACUCACCACGGCGACUCAGCACAGAGACUGUUGAUGCGACCGGUAAAGAACUCGUGCGCUAUGUCGGCGAACUCGAAGACUCUGGUGCCCUCAAACCGAUCAAUAUAAGUAUUAAUAUUAAAAUGAUGCUUAAGCGUAAUGAGGACACUGACACGAGUACUAAGCCCAAAGAUAACCUCCCGACAGCUGCCGAAUUAGAAAAGCGACUCGAAGUGCUAGAACAGCAACUAAAGUUGUCCAGGUCACGACGUGAGGGUAGCAUCGACCAAUCUAAUGCUGAUGCAGCGCAGGAAUUGAAGAAAUCCGUAGAGAUAUCAGAUAAAGCCGAACCCAAAGAAAAGGCUAAUGUUGAAGUUGUAAAAGAAACGCCUGAAAUUAAAAAGGUUGUAAAAGAAGUGUUAAAUGAGGAAUGCAAAAGUGACAGUAAAGUUGCAGAGAAUGGAAACACUAAGAAAGCUGACAAGAAAAAGAGCCAGACAGAAGCUAAUGAUCCAGAGAUUUUAAGUAAUAAGAAAGAUGACAAAGAAAAAAGUCAGGCAAUAGCCAGCGCUUCAGAAAAUGUAAAUAAGAAAACAGAAGAUAGAGAAAAGGGUCAAGUAAAAACUGAUGCUUCAAAAGCUGAGAAGACAUUAGAGAAUCAACAAAUUGCACGUUCAAAUAAAGAAUGUAUUGAUAACAAGGGAAAACCUAAUGAUAAAGAUACAAGCAAUACGAACUCAAUACCUCAGCAAGUUGACGAGCACAUUGACAAUAAGACGCAGAGCUUGUCAAAAGAAGAAAAACCAACCGAGGAAAUCGUUCGUGAGAAAGACGUUCUUGCAAAGGAGAUACAGCACGAGAGCAGUAAGGAAACGGAAAAAGAUAAAGAGCACUCAGCGGUACAACAAGAUUUCAACAAAGAAAAGCAGGAUGAUAGCAAAGUUCCAAAAGAAGGAAUUGAGACUCAUGAAGCCACGAAGUGUAUAAGCGCUCCCACACAAACUGCCAUACAAGUUGGAACAUCCAAUCCCAACAAUAAAACGAUGGUAUUGUUACUCGAUAACGAACCUAAGGCUGUUAAAGUUCGACGAUUGACACGCGCUAACACAGAGGAGUUAGAGAACUUAUUUCAGGCGCUCGAAAAACAAUUAAAUGAUCGCAAUCUUAUUAAAUCUGAGGAUGGCAAACUGAUGCGAGCUGCCAAAAAGUCGGAUGAGCCGACGUCAGAAGAAUGUAAAGCGAUAACUCAGCUCUCGAAAGAAAUAGAAGAUUUUACCAAAUCAGAUAAAUCAGCAAAAGAAGAGGAAAUAACCCCUAAAAAAGCUGCUGAUGUAUCCAAAACACCGACUGAGGACUACGAUUGGGGAACCGACCCCGUAAAACGACAUUUGAAACGUAAAACAGCACAUCUUCCAUCAACCAAAGAGUUAGAAGCGCGUUUCAGAUCACUGGAGCGACAAAUAAAACUGCUUGAAGAUGUGGAAAAAAUCGACGUCGAGCAACGUUUAAAUGAAAUUGAGCGCAAAAUCAAAAUGCAGUACUCAUUGUCGCAUGAGAAAGAUUUGACGAAGUUCUUAGAGCUCUGUGAAGGCAAGAAUCUGGACGAACUGCCCGAAGCUAUAUCAGCUGCACGUGAUAGAUAUCAGCCAGACGAAGGCGGUGCUACUAGAACACCUACACCUAAGAAAGAUCGUUCACCAUACACUUCUCCUUCGCGAAAUAAGGAAAAGACACCUUACACAUCACCUGCGCACACACCGCACGAAUCCCGAAGUCCCAAAAGACAUACCUCGCCCGGACGUGUUAGAUAUGAAGAUAUAAAUGCAUCAGGCAGUAAAAGUCCCAAACGUCGUGCUUCGCCUGGACAUGUUCGAUAUGAAGAACCAAAUAUACCAUCGACAGAAGAUCUUGAAUACCGUUUUAGAGCUUUGGAAUUGCCCAGAUCCAAAUCGAGAGAAUCGUUGAAUAGCAAAUCAACAAGAAAUGUCGGAGAAUCUAAGAAAUCACUUAUACAUCCAUUGGAAAUGUUGCUCGAUCCCAGCCCCGAUGAGGAUGCCAUACCAACAACCGGCGAAUUAGAGCACCGAAUACGUGUACUGGAUGAUAAAAGAAAAACAACUUCACCUUCUCGACGAACACGUUCACGCUCGCCAACCAUUGAAGAUAUCAAAAAUAGAAAAUUAGCUGAAGAACAGCAACCGCGAACGCCAAUACAUAAUUUGGAAAAGCUUGUAGCUUCACCAACUAAAAGAGAAUUACCUACCGCCGACGAAUUAGAAGCACGUAUGCGUGCACUAGAAGAAGAACAUUGCUUCGAUUUUAAAAUGCAGAAAUCAUACCAGGAAUUCAAUCGAAAAUUAAAGGAUGCCGUGUCCCCAUCACUUUCCUUUGAAGAAUUCAAAACAUCAAAAUCACGGGAAGAAAGUCCCAGACGUGGCGAAGCUAAUCGCUCAACUACACCGAAAUCUGCGCUACGAGACACCGCCAGCAGUUAUGAGGAUGUACCAUAUAGAUCUACCAGUCCCAAGGCCAUACGAUUCCGUGACGAAGAAGCUGAUUAUGUGCCUUGUAUGCCGUAUAGACCCAAAUCGCGUACUGACAUACGUGAUGUCACUGGACGAAUGACUCUUACAGAUUCAUGCAGCAGCAUAAAUGCUAUCGGACACACGACGGAAGGACUUGAUGAGUUCGGCAGUCGACUUAUGAGGGAGACUUCACCGCUACAACGUACCGGCAGUCACACCGGCGUACCGCUGCGAACAAAUGACAAUAUCAACGAGCGCUUGGAUUCCAUAAAGAAUACGAUCAAGUCCAUCGACACGUUGUGUGAAGAGAAACCAUAUCGCAAGGAACGUUGUCAGCGUUACAUUGAUUCACUGUUUUCCGACUCGAUACACUUCGCCAGCAAGAAGACCUCGCUAGAAGAUCUCUCACGCUCAGAGAGCCGAGCGCGCGAAUAUGGACCCUCCAUACGUGUCUCAGAUCACAGCCAAAGGCAUUCGGACUAUUUAUAUGGACGUACGACGGGUUCGGCGGACUCCAUACGUUCGACGAGUCCGUUGCGCGCUGCCAGUCCGUUGCAUCAUCGUUCAAAUCGGGAUAUACGACGCGAAAUUUCACCACGCCGGCGACGCGAGGAAGAGCGCGCAGAAUACGAGAGUAGGGUAAGACGUGAAAAUAUGUUGCCAAAUUAUUAUUUAUUUGAUAAUCAUAGAGAUGUAAGUAGUAGUAGUUUAAUUAAGUUUCAUAAAGUAGAUAGACAACUAGACACAUACAAAUAUGAUGAUAGAGACAGAUCAAGUUCACGAUCGGCCUCCAGAUCGCCGUUGAGAUCGCCGUAUGGAUCGAGGGAGACGAUGAUGACGACAGAAAGGAUGUUGCACGACAACACCAAAGCCAGCACACUACAACACAACACUAACACCAACCACAGCUGCCCCGACAACGACCGCUACAAUACAAAAACACCAAACGAUAAAAAUUUCGAAUUGGAUUUGGACAGACAGCAAGCGUAUACAAUGCAUCAUCACACUACGGACAAGCUGCUGGGUCUCGAUCCACUUAAACGCUCCAUCACACCCGUCUAUGCGCCCGGACGACUCGAUAUACGUCACACCACCGUAACGUCGACCUUCUACGAUCGUUUGUUGGCGGAAAAAGAGAUUGAGCGAAAAUUUUCUCGGCCAUCUAGUCGUUCGCCCAUCGUUUCACCUUCGGUUACGUCGAAAAGUUAUGUCGACUUAGCCAGUGCAAGCGCAAAGGCUCUAUAUCAAGACAAAUCUCCAACAGCUGCGGUAACAAUGCGUUUAGAUAGGUCCACUGGCUUAUCCAGCUUCUGCAAUACAGAAAAAACACAACACUAUCGUAAUUCGAUGACCGGCAGUUAUCCAAGUAGCGCUUAUAGCGCCACCUACCAGACAAACCUUUCGAACAGCAACACGACUACCCCGAAAUUUAGUACCAACACCGACACCCAUACCAACAUCACCACCAACAAUUGUACUACUGCUACACUAAAUUCGGCCACAACAACCACAGGUAAUUCAAGCACUUAUUCGUACGAAAGCACUAAGCUCACGCGGUUCCCUCGGGUAACCGAACCUACUAAUAUGGACUUACGCAUACAAAGUUGUGAUAAUAUACUGAUGCAAUUGAAAUCUGCUUCUAUAACUGCAGCUGGGGUAGGGUAUAUGAGUAACAUCACAACAACUACUACAACAACAGCAAUAACUGCAAAUACGACCGGGACGCCGACAACAACGACUGAGAUCACGACCAAUUAUCGAAUUGGUGGUCUGAGCGGUAAUACAACUAACUACACCACUAACUUCACCUCAACACCAGCUACAGCAACAACAAUUACCAAUUUUUCCUUCUCCUCUAUGAACAUCACAAAUACGCCUAUAACUACAACAACAGCAACAGUAUCAAACUUGAACAGCAAGCAUAGUUUCACAAUGCUGGACAGAUCAACAACAACAACAAUACCAACAACAACAUUAUUUAGUACUGAAACAGCGACAAUGACGACCACAACAACAGCAAAUACUUACAAUUUGUAUAAUCUGACGACGACGACGACUCCAACGACAGCUAUGACCACAACAAGAACAACAAUAAACACCACAGCUGUUGGCAGUGAAAACACCAACAAAUUCAUCACAAAUAAUUCGUCUCCAUCAUUUCUGUCCUACAACGCGACUAGUGGCGGCAACCUAUACACGAGUAAUACACCCCUGGGUAUGGCUCUACCAACAAUGCAACCAACUUCCGUUACAACAACAUUCGCCUCAUUGGGCCUUUACACUAGUAAUUUAAAUAGCUACAACAAUAAUAACAACAACAUUGGCAGCAACAACAGCCACUUGAAUUAGUACAACAACAGCAACAAAAACAAUUUGAAUGAAGUGAAAAAAGAAACUAUAAAGACCCUUGGAGUUAACCGAGCUGCCUAAAUAUAUAAAACAAAAUAAAAAGAAACCCGAAAAAAUAACUGAUUGUAGUGUGUAGUGUAGGUAAGCAAGAAAGUGCUGAAUGCUGUGUGUCUGUAGUUGAAUUGAGAGAAGAAAUCUUGUUAACAAGUUUUUAGCGUCGGAGCAAAGUAAGAUAGAAAUUAUAUUUACAUACAUACAAACAUAAAAGUAGUUAUACAUACGUAUACUGUAGUGCGAAGGAACUUGUAAUCAAAUCUAGUUUCGGAAAAUCAAUAGAGCGUUUACUUAUUUGUAGCAGUAAGAUAGGGCCGAUAAUGCCGGAAUAAUUAAUGCAGUCGGAAUUGGAUAACUCAAGCGGAAAACUACAUAAAGAAUACAUGACUAACAUCUCUUAGCAAUCCUAGGUCCUUUAUAACAACGAGUAUGUCGAAAAUCUAUUGAAACAUGAACUCUUUUUAAAGCCAAAGACCUUUCCGACACAUUUUUCUAGGAUAAGGGAAUCAAGACACGAGCAAGUAAAGAAUAUAUAAGUACUUUUAAGAACCGUUCAGUACUUUCGAAGAAGGAUUUUCCAAAAGUAGAUUGUGAUCAUAUGACACGGUAUUGCUAGGACCACAAAAUCUUUCAACUUUUCCAUGAACCUCAGGCUCUGGGAUUUGUUUCCAAUGAGCAUUCUGUUGAGCUAUCGGGAAAAGGUAGUUCGGGGUCAGAUCCCGAGAACAAGUUAGAAGAGGAAGGAAUUCGUGGCAUAGAUGAUAUCUUUUCAACGCGGAAAGAUAGCUUAUGGUCAUAGCCGGAGAACUAGUUAGAAUAGUAAGGAAUUCUUAGCUCAAAUCACGCAUCGGUGAUUUCUUCCCAUUGCAUUCCGUUGAGGUCUAUCGGGAAAAGGUAGUUCGGGGUCAGAUCCCGAGAACAAGUUAGAAGAGGAAGAAAUUCGUGGCAUAGAUGAUAGCUUUUGAACGCGGAAAGAUAGCUUGUGGUCGGAUUCGGAGAAGAAAUUAGAAGAGGAUGGAAUUCUAAGCUCAAAUCAUGCAUUUUAUCUUCGCUGUCAUUGUGUUGACAAAACAGUACGUUCUUCCCUUUCAAAUAAGAUAAUUUUAUGCGAUUUCCUUCGUUGAACAUCCCAAUUAUUGUUAUACAACAAGAAUUGUUAUUAAAAUACGUAUAUUCGUUAAAAAUUGUCCCUUGUACAUGCGAAAAUAUAAAACCAGCAGUCAUCUAACUUUUUUUAAUUGGGAUUUGGCUCGGAUUCUUUGAUGAAUUAACUCGGGUUCUCAAAUGACCUUAAAUUAAAGUGGAGUGAAAUUAAGCAGUUAUGUUUCAUUUUUUCUGAUUGUUUACAAUAGAACCAAACCAAACAGCACUCAAAAACUUCAAUUCGUUGUUACUUGCAUUCGAUUGUGAGUGAGCUGACGUAGCUCUCACUUUAAAUAGAAUUAAGCAGACAACAACUGUCUUUGAUAACUUAGGAGUGUCAGCUGUCGGGACCCACUUCAUAUUACUUUCGUCUAAAAUCGUUUCGAGGAUCUUUUUGACGUUUCUUUCAUACCAGCUCUUUUUAUCGACGUUUUCCAUGCACAUAUAACCAGGGGACUUACGAAUGCCUGCUCUUUUCCAAUAUUCUGUAUGUUUUCAAACUCUUUCGCCCCCUCUUUUGUUUGAGUUAUCCAAUUUCGGAUAUCAAAAGAAUCUUUGCACUUAGAAAACUCAGUAGCUUAACCUGAGUACAUGAAUAAUCGCCUUGCACGAGUUUUAGGAAAGUAACCGCUUUUUAAAAAUAUAUAGCUAGGGCAACAAUGAGUGAUACACACAUAAACGAGAAAUGUUGGCUUGUAAAAAAGGGUAGUGAAGACACACGCUUAGCAUCACAAGGAAAUUUUAUACUCGACUUUAUGUCUCAAAGAAAUGAUAAUUUUACAUUUAGUAUGCAGUGUUUUACCCAAAAAUUUGUUGACUAUGGGACAAAUGUGGAUAAAUUGUACUUAAUUUUAAAGGUUUUAGAAAAUGGGCGACAGUAAUAAGUCUCUUGUUAACAGAGGUUUCAAUAUUUAAAACAAAUGUGUUAAUUUGAUGUACUUUUCAUAAAAUUUUAACUAAUUCUAAACGUCUUAACUUUCAUACUCGAUUUGUUUUCAAAUUUUCAACAGUCAUUUUCAUGAAUUUCCUUUACUGGAAAAGCAUUUUUGUGAUAAAGUGCUUACAUAGCUGUAAUUCUUCAAAAUUCAAUUAAAUAUGUACUACUUUGUGAACUCUAUUUAUGUAACAAAAUAUUAAAAAAAAUUUAGCCUUACAUCAUAAGAGUAAUUACGAAAAAUAUAAUAAUUAUAUAAUAUUUGAAGUAAACUUUUCAAAUAACUAUAUUUUAAGGAAUUUUCGGAGUUUUCCAUUGCAAUGAAAUAAGCGAAUUUGAAAUGAUAAGCGAUCUUUAUUUAAAUAAAUUAUCAUUUUCAUAUAAAUGUUUUAGCAAUUUGCCUUUAAAUUAAAACAAAUUAAUUAACUUUAUUUUGAUCGUUUUUUAACUUAUUCAAUCUUCGUAUCGUUUCUAAAUUGAAGCUUCAAGAUUUGCAUUUCUUCACGCUUUGAAUAUCAACGCGUAUUCCCACUUUAAGUUAGGUUAGAUUAGUCUGGCAGGCUAAU